AUGUCUUUAGAAAGGUCUUUUGCUGAUUUAACUAUCACUGCAUCAGAUUCAGCUGUUAUCGUCAAAUCAUUGGUUUUCAAGCCUAAGACUGCAAAGUCGGAUAUAGCUGUUCCAAUCGUUGUGGUAGCUUUACAUGCUACUACAACACCAUCUACAUUGAUUUCAUUGGCAACUGGUCUGAAAGAUCCCCGCUUAGCUCGUGAUGACUUUUUUCAGACUCACUUUCAUGUUGAAUCUGCAAAAGCGUUCAAUAUAUCUCAUUUAGCUAACGCUCAACAUCCGUUUAAGUUGUUGGUCGACCAAAAAUUGUUUGUUUUAGGUGAUGGCAGUGUCUUGAAGUUGAAUGAAGACAGCUAUAUCGAGAAGCAGCGGUUUUUGGAGUUCUUGAAACAGUACGAGCCACAAGAAGUUGAUUUUUCACAAGAAGUCAAGUCUGUGCAAGUUAGUGAGAAAAAUGCGCCUAUCGGUGUUCAAAAGAAGGAAGCUGCGUUAGAGGACGCUAAGCUGAUUGGAAUUACUGUUGACAAAUCGUUGGACUUCUCAGGAUGGUACCAGCAGAUUUUGAUCAAGGGUGAGAUGUUAGAUUAUUACGAUGUGUCAGGUUGCUAUAUCCUAAGGCCUGGUUCUUAUGCGAUCUGGGAGAUUUUACAGAAAUGGUUUGAUGCCAAGAUUAAAGCUAUGGGAGUUCAAAAUGCUUACUUCCCGUUAUUUGUUUCUUCACGUGUGUUAGAAAAAGAGAAAGAUCACAUUGAAGGGUUUGCUGCAGAGGUUGCCUGGGUCACGAAGGCUGGUUCUUCUAAUUUGGAGGAGCCAGUUGCUAUUAGACCGACCUCUGAAACUGUAAUAUACCCUUAUUACGCAAAAUGGAUUCAGUCUUAUAGGGACUUACCAAUUAAGUUGAACCAGUGGAACUCUGUCGUCAGAUGGGAAUUUAAGCACCCACAGCCAUUUUUGAGGACCAGAGAAUUCUUGUGGCAAGAAGGCCACACUGCUCAUUUGCAUCAGAAGGAUGCUGAAGAAGAAGUGCUCCAAGUGUUGGACUUAUACGCUUCUAUUUACGAAGAGCUAUUAGCUGUUCCUGUGGUCAAGGGUAGGAAAACUGAGAAAGAAAAGUUUGCUGGGGGUGUGUUUACGACUACAUGUGAAGGUUAUAUCCCACAAACGGGCCGUGGUAUUCAGGGAGCCACUUCGCAUCAUUUAGGUCAAAACUUCUCUAAGAUGUUCAAUUUAAGUGUAGAAAACCCAUUGGGUUCCGACCAUCCUAAGCUAUAUGCCUACCAGAACUCUUGGGGCUUCUCUACAAGAGUUAUAGGUGUAAUGGUUAUGAUCCAUUCUGAUAAUAAGGGUUUGGUGAUCCCUCCCAGAGUUUCUCAGUACCAAGCUGUUGUUCUACCAGUCGGUAUCACGGCUAAGACAUCUGAUGCUUUGAGGGCUCAAAUUCACCAAAAGGCUAGGUCUAUCGAAUCCAGGUUAAAGAAAUUUGAUAUCAGAGCCUUUGGUGAUUACAGUGAUAACUAUACUCCAGGAUGGAAGUUUGCCCAGUAUGAAUUGAAGGGUAUUCCCUUAAGAUUGGAGUUUGGUCCAAAGGAUAUGGAGAAGGAUCAAGUGACUGUUGUAAGAAGAAACGAUGGUCAGAAGUACAUUGUUAGCCUAGCAGAAUUAGAAAUGAGAAUUCCACAGAUUUUGGAAGAUAUGCAGGAAACCUUGUAUUUAAAAGCUAAAAAAUCUUUCGAUAGUCACCGAGUUAUCGUUAAUGAGUGGAAAGACUUUGUACCAGUCUUGAAUGAGAAAAAUGUCAUCCUAUCCCCAUGGUGUGGUUUGGAAGAGUGUGAGGAUGAUAUCAAGGAGUCCUCCGCCAAAAAAGAUGACGGUGGCGAAUUUGAAGUAGACGAAAAAGCACCAAGUAUGGGUGCUAAAUCUCUAUGUAUUCCUUUUGAACAACCUGUACUAAAGGAUGGUCAGAAGUGUGUGAAAUGUGAACGUGCUGCUAUCCAGUACUGUAUGUUCGGCCGUUCAUAUUAA